CCCGCCGCCGGGCCGGCCAGCAUAAGCCCGGCGACCCGCCACACCACCAUCUCCGCAGGUCUACCUCUCUGAACACUAACAGGAGACGAUAUCUUUCUCCUUUGCAUGAAGAGACAUUUUUGUAAUGUGUGCAGUUGCUGUUCCCAGACCUGGUGGGGAAGAAAAUAAUGGACAUCAUAGGAAGUUUUUUUUCCUUUUUGUUUUUGGAGUUGCAUUGCUGUGCACUGGAUUUCUGCUUUCAGUCUUUAUUUUACAGAGGUGCCCGUCUGGAACCUUCAAUGAUUGCAACAGGCCCCUUAAGAUUGCUGGGCCUGUGGUUGUUGCUGUUGGAUUAGUUUGUGUCUUACUGGCACAAUCAAGAGCUAGGCUGUACCUAAGUCAGAGGCAGAUGCAAGGUGAGCAGGUGUACAGGCUCAUUUUUUGUCAAGGGAACUGUCAGUUUGCCCAGUUUCUUAUCUUUGGGUUUUUGUUUUUAGCUAGUGGAGUGCUAAUUAGUUUCCUGGGCAUUUGGGUUCCUGGAUGUAGCCCAGGAAGGCACAGCCUACAGUAUAAUCAAACCAGCACUUCUGAUGUUGAACUCCCAGGCUGUGGAUUUCUGCCUCUUCAAAUCAUGGGUCCUUUGAUUGUGCUUAUUGGAUUAAGUUUCUUUGUAAUAGCUCAUAUUAAAAAGAAAACCAAUUUAAAUCUCAGCCAAGAAUCUUCUGAAAAUGGAGAACAGCCUCAGAGUCCAGAAUCACUUCAAGUUACAGCAGGUGAUGCUGUAAUGACAUUCCCACCCCUCCCACCACCUUAUUUUGCUGACUCUCUAUCACCACCUGUAACUCAUAAGCCACUUGCCACAGAGCUGCCUAUGAGUGAAAAUCCUCCUCCAUACCACAGUGUUGUAAAUAAUGGGGCACAAUUUGCACAUGUUCAAGGAAUGGUUUCUGUUAGAGAUUACGAACCACUAUAUGCAAUUCCCGGGAGCAGUUCACCUUCAGACAUCUUGCCUACUCUGCAUCUUUCAUCUGAAUUACCUCCAAGAUAUGAAGAAAAAGAAGCAACAGUAAAUACUGAAUAUUCUUCUGGCUCCUCCAUGGCUUAGCCCCUUCUGAGCCUUCCCACAAAGAACUGUGAACUAAAGUUCAUUUUUCUAUGGAAUUGUACACUACAAUUUUAAAGUUUUAAACUUAUUUUUAUAAUAAAAAUUGUAAUGGUUGCAUCUAUAACCUUAAAACAACAAAACUUAAAUUACCAAUUUGGGUUUAGAGAAAUAUUAUGUAACCCUAGGCUUUUUCGGACAACAGUACUCAACAGUUUGGUGAACUGCAACAGCGUUAGAUGUUCAUUGUGUUUUGUUAUGGGUCUAGUGUCUAUUUUUAGCUUUCUUUUAUAACAGAGAAACUAAGUAGAACAUAAA